AUGUUAAAGGCUUGUAUUUUUAUAACUUUAGUGUCGAUAUCGGCGUGUGUAGAAACUCCGGGACCUAAAUUUAAGCCAACCAAAGGGGAAGUGUGGCCAAAACCCCAAAAGGAGAACAAAAGUAUAGAGUACUAUACAUUUGGCCCUUCACUAUUUAAAACUAAGGUAACAGAUAAAACAUGUACAAUUUUAACAAGGGCAGUCCAUCGCUACACAUAUAUGAUCCAGAAUGAUUUCGGAGGACCUUGGAUGGGCUCAAUGUGGGAAGACGAUGGACUUCGCUUGGGAGAUAUGACCACCUUAGAAGUGACGCUGACAGAGCCCUGUGAGGAAUAUCCAUCAUAUGGCAUGAAUGAGAAUUAUACUUUAAUAAUAUCAUCAACGUCCAAAUUAGAAAGUGCAUCUGUUUGGGGUAUACUCCGCGGAUUAGAAACAUUCUCACAUUUGCUCUACUAUACUGAUGAUUAUAAGCAAAUUCGUAUUAAUAAGAACAUUAUCGACGACUCGCCCAGCUACAUCCAUCGCGGCUUGUUAUUGGACACGGCUCGUCACUUCAUAUCCCUCAAAAGGAUUCUAGAGACCCUAGAUGCAAUGUCUUAUAAUAAGAUGAACGUUUUCCACUGGCACAUGGUCGACGACCAAAGCUUUCCUUACCAGAGUGAGAAAUAUCCCGAACUGAGUGAAAAAGGUGCCUACUCUCCUUGGAUGAUAUAUACAAAAGAAGAUCUUCAAAGGGUAGUGGAGUACGCACGAGACAGGGGUAUUCGAGUAGUGCCAGAAUUUGAUGUACCAGGGCAUACCCGUUCCUGGGGUAAUUCCCACCCGGAAAUUUUAACAAAUUGCUCAGGUUUGGGUCUAAUGGAUCCCAGCAAUGAUGCUACAUACAAUUUUGUCAGUGACAUCUAUGAAGAAUUGAAUACAAUAUUUCCAGACGAUCACAGGCAUAUUGGUGGAGAUGAAGUAGACACAAGAUGUUGGGGUAAAAGCUCUCGUGUUACGGAAUUUAUAAAGGAAAAAGGUAUUGGAGUUGAAAACUUACAAGGAUUAUUUAUAGAAACUUUAAUGUCAAAAUUAAAUGAUACAAAAAUUAUAGUUUGGCAGGAAGCAUUUAUGCUUGGCGUUAAGUUACCAAAAAGUGCUCUUAUCCAGGUCUGGAAAUGGCAAGAAGUGGAAGCCAUGCGUAAGGUUCUGAAAGCUGGUUACAAAGUCCUGUUUUCAACUCAGUAUUAUUUGGACGAUCUAUCCCAAGAUUGGGAUUACUUGUACAAGUAUGAUCCAAGAGAGAUAAUGCUCGCGAGAGACAGCAGUUUGAAUCUUGACAAUAUCGUUGGCGGUGAAACUUGUAUGUGGACUGAGAGAGUAAAUGAUUCCAAUGUUAUUAGCAGGGUAUGGCCAAGAGCCAGCGCGUUCGCAGAACGGUUCUGGAGCGGUGGUCCAGGAGUCCCAAUACCAUCAAGUAACGACCAUAGCCGGUUAGAGGAACACACUUGUCGCAUGAUCAAACGAGGCAUCGAAGCUGAACCACCUAAUGGACCAGGAUUAUGCUGA